ACCAAGUUUUGUGGAUACUUAUGUCUAUGGAGUAAGAAACAUCUUGGCAUUAACUCUCUGAGUUAUCAUUCCACAGAAGAAGAAGAAGAAAACAGCAACUGCAAGAACAGCGUCUUCUUCGGAUUGUUUGAUGAUUCUGAAUCAACAAGACUAAGAAGUGGGAGCAUGAAGAGACAGUACAGCGACAUUGGAGAUCUCUACCACAAACUUUUUAAAGAACCGCAUGAUGAUGACGGGGGUUUGAGGAUGGACAUGAGAGUCUUGACGGUAAUAGAGUAUAUGAGAGAGCUUUACGUUGAGCAACUUCAGCUGCUUAAGAAGAUGUUUCCAGGUGGAGCCAAAGACAAGUUUCUUGGUUUCUUCAACAAAAUCGAAGACGCUAUGUCCCAAUUCAAACAAGAUUCUCGCCCUACUACGAAGGCAAUGACUAUGCACAGGAGUCUGAGAGCUGGUUCGCCACGAUUCACCUCGAGAGGUAUCAAUCUUGGUCCACCAGACUUGAGAGAUGAAUGGUUUAAAGUAAGGACGGUCGACGCAGGAGGUGCUGGAGCUGGAGGAGGAGGUAAAGGUGGCUCCGCAGCUGGUCAAGGCCAAACCAAGAAGUAGUCAGGUUUUGUAACAUGUGGCCAUGGAUGAUCAAAUCUUGCAUAACACAAGACGUUACUUUUUGCUAAUAAAUGGAAUGAAAUGUGAUGCGUGUGUUAUAAGUUAGGGUUCAGUUAAAGACUCAUGAGUCUAUUUUCUAAGGUUAAUUCUUGGUUGUAAGGUGUUCAAAAAAAAAGAUUCUUUGUUGUAAAUAUGUAUGUUCCUAGUUGGGUUUCUUUCAUGUUGUAGUCUACAAAACUCUUAAUAAAAUGAAUUUUCAAUUAA